GAUUCGCUUGCCGCCGACACGUCAUCAGUCUCAGUCGGUUACUUCCUGUUUACAUAUCUACAAUUAGCCGAAAUCGAAACUAAUUCUUAAGAUAUCACUUUCUGACACCUGGAUUCAGACAUAUCGUCACCCAGGUCCGGGCGAAAGGUCCGCAGAGAGAGGUUGAGCAGACGUCCUGCUAGCCUGCUUAUAACUGAAGGCUCGACUAUAUUAGCCACAGAGCUAACUUAAGCUAACGUAGUGGACCGCUCGUUGACGUCGUAUUAGACCACGGCUACAACUAUACGGGGUUUAUUAUCUCAUUAUCUUUCGAACGCUUAAAAUUGUCUAUAAUGGAAAAUAAAUAUAACCUAAGGAGUCCAGCGGUAAAGCGAUUGAUGAAAGAAGCGGCUGAAUUGAGAGAUCCCACAGAACACUACCAUGCCCAACCAUUGGAAGAUAACCUUUUUGAAUGGCACUUUUCUGUACGUGGUCCCCCGGAUUCAGAUUUUGAUGGUGGAGUUUACCAUGGCAGGAUUGUGCUUCCCCCGGAGUAUCCGAUGAAGCCUCCAAGCAUCAUCCUUCUUACGCCAAAUGGAAGAUUCGAAGUUGGGAAGAAGAUUUGUCUGAGCAUUUCUGGUCACCAUCCAGAGACAUGGCAGCCUUCAUGGAGCAUACGAACUGCUCUGAUUGCCAUAAUUGGAUUCAUGCCUACCAAAGGAGAGGGUGCAAUUGGAUCUCUUGAUUACACACCAGAGGAGAGGAGGGUCCUCGCAAAAAAGUCCCAGGACUUCUGCUGUGAGACAUGUAGCUCUUCAAUGCACUCAGCACUCCUGGCUUUGACCCCCGACAGCAGUCCAAGCCCAGGGGACCACAUGGCAGAAGAGCUAGCCCAACAAAUUAACUUCAAGACAGAAUCCAGUUCAUCAAGUCAGCAGUCAAGAGAGAGUGAUGAUGCCAGCAGUGACGCUUCCAUUCUUACCCAGGAAGGUACCUCCACUUCUGCAGUCCAGGAAGCAGGAGAUGGGCCCCUGACUGAGCAGGUAGAGGCGGCACCAGCUCCUGAAGUGGAGAGACCACCUACUCCUCGUCCUCUCAGUCCUCGGCAGCGUCAUGUCCAACAGGUCCAAAGAGACAACAUUAGGCCAGCCUUCAUUGCGGGCACUCGCCAGCCACAUAAUGAAAGUCACGCCGGCACAGCUGUCCUAAUAGUGUUGCUCACAUUCGCCCUUGCUGCUCUUAUCUUCCGUCGGCUUUACCUGGCUCAUGAGUACAAGUUUGAUUAUGAGCUGUGAACUCUCAGCUUUUCUGUUUUGUUAGUCUGGCUGCCAUGCCACCAAUGAUCAGCCAAAGUCAUCCCUGAGGUUGCGUGGUCCCUGGAAGUGACAUCUAGUGUUCUCUUUUCUCCUUUUUAGGCCCUUUUCAUGCCGCUUAUCACUAACUACAGCACCUUGCACCUUGCCCUCAUGUUUUUAAAUGGAAGUAAUGUAUUUUUGUGUUUAACAAGCACACAAUUAUCCCUACAUUUUUAAUCAUCCAUCCUGAUGCUCCCAUAAUAAUUGGAAAUAUGAUGUCAAAAAGAUACAAUUAUUGUUUGCCUACAAAUUUCCAUUGAAUCUGACAGUUAAAGUUUGCAUUCACACUUGUGGCUCAGUACUCUGGUCUGAACCGAAAGUAGAACAUUGCAGUUUGGUGCAUUUCCCUCAGCGUUCACAUUGGAUUAUUGUCGUUGUAAAUCACAGGAGUCAAACUCAAGGCCUGGGGGCCAGAUCCGGCCCGACACCUCAUUUUACGUGGCCCGCAAAAGCCAGGGAAUAAUGAGGAUCCUUCAUCGUUCUUACUAAAUGUUUUCAUUGUUUCCAGUUUGACAGAAAAACAUGUUUUACACUUUCAUAUGUUUUAAACUUUGAUAUAUAUAUACAUAUAUAUACACACACAAAUAUUCAAUUGUUAUUGGUGUGAAUCUCUGGGCACCUCUCCAUUUAAUCCCGAUACCUGGGGUGAGAAUAAUCGGUUCGCGAUUCAAACUGAUUUUUGCAAUGUAUUAUUUGGUGUAAUAAUACCUUAACAAAACAGGUUACAAAACCAACUUUUGGUUGCUGACGUAUGACAAAUACGUGCACAAAGUACACAUAGAGAUGGCCUAAAAAAGUUUGGGUUUUUUAUUUGUCAAAAAAAUUAAUUUGAUUAUUGAAAAUUACUAAAAAAGAACGGAAUUCGAAUCUGAUUAAAAAAAUAAUAAUUAGCACCCCUUGUUAUAUACCGUAUUAUGGUUUGUAAAAAUAACAAUAAAUAUCUGCUUGUCACUUUAAUUUACGAUUUCAAAGCAAAGUUAUCCAUCAAUUUGCAUGUACAAAAAUCAAAUAACCAAAUGAAUAGGCAAUAAUAUAAUGAGGCGAUUAUACUUUUAUAUUUUUACAUUCACUGUUACAAACGGCCCUCUGAGGGCAGCCAGGACUGUGAUGUGGCCCUCCAUGAAAGCAAGUUUGACACCCAUGUAACGUAAAUGACCUGUUUAUAUGCAUGCACAAUACCCUUUUCAUUAUAUGUCACAUUUACCCAAUAACACACAUUCACACACUGAUGUCGUGCAAGGCGCUACCCACAACCCAUCAGGAGCAAGGACACAACGGCCGUGACUCGGAUUGCGGAAGCUGGAUUCAAACCAGGAACCAUCUGAGCCGCCCCAUUGGGACCAAAGGUUAUGCUGUAAACAUGUUUGAACUAACUUAAUUGGGUAACUUUUCUGACUUAACUAAUGUAACUCAAAUGUUCCGAGCCAAAAUAUACCUUUAAAGAGUCGGAGAGCAGAGAAACAGCACUUUUAAUUUGAUUGCUCUUAGUUUUGAUUGUUGCUUUAUUUUAAUGCUAGAGCCGUGUCUUUGCACCAGUGCUUCCCUUGCAACAAACUAAGGCCCAUCUUUCGGUCUUUCAAGGUUCGGCUGCUUGCUUUCUCACAAAUGAACUGUACUCGCACAGCAAGUGCACCAGAGUUCAAUUGAAGUGAACAUUGCUAAUGUGAGCGCACCCUUAAUGUCAAGGGUGAAGUUCAAACUUGUGUUGUUGUUGCGAAGAUACUUUUGGGUGGAGUAGAACGUGAUGGUCAGAUGAUUGUCAACAAAUAUUCUUAAUCAUGUCAUAAUUAAUUUUAAAAACACAACAUUGACCACAGUAGUGGAGUCAGCACAAUGUUUUAUAAAUAAAUUGCCAUUGAAACAGAAGUCCGCAGUCUUAAUUUGCAGAUACAGGAGAACUCAUUAAAGUCUGACCCUAACAUAGUUAUUUUGGUGUUUAUUCACUACAAAUUUUGUAUUGCAAAAUUUUUUUUGCCAGUGGUUAAGAAUAUAGAAAUGAUCACAGUUAGUGGUUGCAUUUACUGUAGUUAGUAGCUAUGGUAGAAUCAAGGUUAAUAAUGCCAUGUUUUCAUUUUGAGGCUCGCUUUGCCUUGGACAGGAAGUCACUGUGGGCAUGUUUUAUUGUUGUUUAACUUGAACAAAUCUGGGCUAAUAUUUUGACUGGGGGAACACAAUGAAAGAAAAACAUUUUCUGGGAGGCCAAUAUGUAUAAAUGGGAUAUACACAUUUAUCAGUAAAAAUCUGCUGUACA